AUGAACGGUGCUGCCUCACCUGAUCAUGUCCAAUCGCCCUCUUCGUCCACUGCACCACACACACCGCGCUGCUCCGACCUGGAGCUCGAGGACUACCCAUCCUCGCCUACUCAGACACACUUGCUAGCGGAAGAUGCUGCUACGCAGUCCAGACCACGCCAGCGAGUUUCCGGCAGCACACCCCUCAGUUCUGCUGGCGACGACAGCGGCGCUGGUCCGUCUACGGUAGUACAGAAUCGACCUGCUGGCUGGCUCACCAAAGCCUGGCGGACAGUCAUGUCUCGCGCUCCACUUCUGAUGCGGUCGUCGCCCGCCUUGGGCACUGCCUCCUAUGGCGCCGUCCCGAUCCACGACCUGUCCGAUUCUGAGGAAGACGAGCCAUAUCUCGACGAGGCCACGGCGACAGAAGAGGACGAUGCUAUACAUCCUGUUGAAAGCUCGCCGGACGAGCAUGGCCGCCGCAUCAAUCCUCGACAUGGACCUUCUUCCUCGAACCGGCGAAGACGUAGGUCGUCUAUGACCAGCGAGGUUACUAUGGGGCCAGACGCUAAAACGUCCUUUGGAUUCGCACCGCCGAUACACGAACAUAAAGCUGAAAGUUCCAAUGCCAGUCUACGAACACAUAACGAGUCUUCAGAGGACGAAUGGAACGAUGAGAACCCUCCGGACAAUUCUGUCUAUCCUGAGGUGAGGGCAUCUGUCUUGCCCACUGACAAUACAACGGUCUCGAUCAAUACACCUCGGAUGUGGAUCUUGUCGCUCUUGUUCGCCAUUGCGGGGUCUGCGACCAAUUUGUUCUUCUCUCUACGAUACCCAAGCGUCGCUAUCACGCCCGUCAUAGCUCUCGUUCUUGUGCACCCUCUGGGCAAGCUGUGGGACUUGUUACUCAAGCGAAAGUCCGAUCCAGGGAUACUCUUUGCGGAUGGUGACGCUCAGGAGCGAACUACCGGGAAUGGCGACACAACUUGGGCGACGCGCUUACGCUUAUGGCUUGCGCAGGGCAGAUGGAACGAGAAAGAGCACGCCUGCGUGUAUAUCAGCAGCAACGUAUCCUUUGGCUUCGCCUUCGCGACGGACGUCAUCGUCGAACAGCACAAGUUCUACAAGCAGGAGGUGCCGAUCCUAUAUCAGCUUCUUCUGACCUUGUCGACUCAGAUUUUAGGUUACGCUUUCGCAGGACUGACGAGACGCUUCCUGGUACGACCCGCGGCGAUGAUCUGGCCAGGGACGUUAGGAUCAACUGCCAUGUUCACAACCAUGCACAAGAACGAGAACAAAGUUGCGAAUGGCUGGACCGUGUCGCGAUACCGCUUUUUCGUCUAUGUGUGGGCCGCUGCAUUUGCCUGGUAUUUCUUGCCUGGACUUCUCAUGCCAGCUCUGAGCUAUUUCAACGUCAUCACAUGGUUCGCGCCGAAGAAUGUCGUCGUCUCGAACCUUUUUGGUGUUGCGUCGGGUCUCGGCAUGUUCCCGUUAACCUUCGAUUGGGCUCAGAUAGCAUAUAUCGGCUCCCCCCUUCUCACACCGUGGUGGGCAGCUGCCAACGUCAUCGCUGGUAUGGCCGUGGUGAUGUGGAUUCUGGCCCCGCUUUUGUACUACGCCAACGUGAUGUAUUCAGGAUACAUGCCAAUCAUCUCUGCUUCGGUGUUCGAUAACAACGGCAAGAUCUACAAAGUCAGCAAGAUAUUGACCCCUGACUUCAUUUUCGAUAAAGAUGCAUACGAAAGCUACUCACGCGUGUAUCUACCGAUCACGUACGUCCUCUCAUACGCAGUACAAUUUGCAGCUCUUGCAGCACUCGUCACGCAUACGGCUUGCUGGCACGGCAGCGAGAUCCUCCGUCAGUCCAAAGACGCAUUCCAUGAACGCGAGGAGAAGCAAGACCGAACAGGCUACGUCCCAGUCUCACAGUCUGCCGAGUACAACGGUCGCAGAUGCGAUGCUGCACGCAAGUCAGGUUUCGACGUCCACAACCGGCUCAUGGAACGAUACCCUGAUGUGCCGAUGGUCUGGUACGGUAUCACCUUUAUCGUCAUGCUGGCAAUCGGUAUAUGCGUGGUCGAAUACUACCCUGUGCACCUGCCGUGGUAUGGGUUAAUUCUGGCUGUCAGCAUUACAGCAGUCCUGUUCAUCCCAGUCGGGAUCGUCAUGGCCAUCACAAAUCAGCACUCCUCACUGUACCUGAUAUGUCAGCUGAUUUGCGGUGUUGUCUUCCCAGGCCGACCGGUAGCAAACAUGGUCUUUGUCACUUACUGCUACAUAUCCUCUGCGCAGGGCAUCAAGUUCUCAAGCGAUAUGAAACUCGGGCACUACAUGAAAAUCCCGCCAAAGUUGUUGUUCAAGGUCCAAUUUGUUGCGACGAUAGUGGCUUCGCUGGUACAAAUUGGUGUCCUGAACUGGAUGUUCAUCAACAUACCGCAUAUCUGCACGCCUGAGGCCAUCAAUGGCUUCAAUUGCCCAAUUGCUCGCGUUCACUUCAACGGCAGUAUUCUAUGGGGCGUCGUUGGUCCACAACGCUUCUUUGGGCCAGGCGCCUUAUACAGACCCCUAGUGUGGGCAUUUCUGGUCGGACUGCUCGCUCCGAUCGUGGUCUGGCUGAUCGGCCGCAACUCAGACAAGAAAUCAGUCUGGCGGAAGAUCAACCUUCCAGUCCUGUUCGGCAGCCUCUCCUGGAUCCCGCCUGCCACCGGGCUCAAUUUUAGUAUCUGGGCCAUCGUGUGCUUCCUGUUCAACAGUCUUGCCCGAAGGAGAGCUCCUGCCUGGUGGAGCAAAUAUACGAUGACGAUGAGUGCUGCGUUGGACAGUGGACUUGCUUUCGGGCUGGUCGUGGUCUUCUUUGGCUUCAUUUAUCCUGGCUGGGGUUGGGUCGCGAAUCUCAAGUGGUGGGGAACUGAGAUCUACAAGCAAGGGUGCGACUGGCAAGCGUGUCCUUAUUUGAAGCUGGGACCGGGCGAGAAGUUCGGGGCUUAA